AUGGUGGCCAAAUCUGUCGCACAGCUUGCUGGUCGUGGCCUGGUCCCGGUCGCUUUUUCCAUCGGAUGGGUCGUGUUCGCAGUCAAAUCAGCUCUGUCUGCUCUCGCGGGCAACGACCUCAUGCCCGAAGCAGAUUCCAAAUGCAUUGUCAUCAAUGGCAAAAGCGGGUGGAUGGACCCUGCCGUUCGAGCCCACCUAGAUGCUAUGCUCGAGCGAAAGGUCGACCACGAAAAGGCCCUGGCGGAAAGGAUGGUUCCUGGGUCUGGCAGUCGCGUACUACGGCGGACCAGUGUAGGUUUAUGUAUCGCAGUUUAUCAAGCAGGCCCAACUUCCAGAUCUUUCGCUGGUCGCGAUCUUUUGUACUACGUUGGGUUUGUGGUAUGUAUACUUCAGCUAGGCAUCGCAGCCAUCCCGUUGGGCAUUUUCGGCGACUGGAGCAUUUUCCUCGUCACUACCUCAGGCAUCAUUCUCUCUUUUGCGACAUGCAGCAUUUCGCGAUGGGCUGACGAAAAGUGGGCGUGCCGAGUCGGGACCAGGAAAAGCAUUCUUCUCUCCCGUGGCAAUGGCAGUCAAUUUGUCAUCCUUAUCCUCGGUGAAGAGGAAGGGUUCGAUCUUGAAGAUCUUGCUGCUGGUGGAGGCUCGCAGAUGACUCAUUUGACUCAACUCCAGCUCAUGGUUUUGGCAUCACUGUGGAUUGUCCUGCUUAUCACCGCCACGGGCAUUAAACAGCAUACGUGGUUCCUGUUUGCCGUGUGCGCUGUCGGAGUCUUCCAGAACAUAUAUGUCGCAAUAACUUGGCGCUCCCCCGAUGCAUACGGAAUGCCACUGAAGUUCAAGGAGGUUAUUGGUCUCCCCAAGGUCAUGGACACGCUGUUCGAAGUGGAGGAGAGGUAUCCCUCUGUUGGACUAAGUAUGCGGGAUAUCUUUUUUCCGGGAAAAUUAAGCCUUAUGGAAGAGCAGCGAUGGGAUGGUCUUCGCGCUGCUGCCAAGUAA